AUGAAAAAGGUUGGAGUAAAUAGACCACACUCGAGAAGGAAUACGACAAUAGCUAAAGUGGUCGGAGUUUUCUCUACGAUACGAGAGACUAGGUGGCCGGAGCCUGUUGGCUGCGCAAAUCUUAUGGCCUGGUGCUCCGGGCCGCGGGGAAGUGCGUUAACACGUGACGUCCUUCUUUUGGAUGCGGUGCGGUUGUGCGCGGGCGUGCCAGCACGGUCUACCGUGCGUCGAGAUGGUGAUGAGAUUUGGGUAUAA